AUGAAAGACGACCUUUUUAAAUCCAAAAGGGAGUGUCCGGGCUACGACAGGGGAAAUGGGACGAUCGUUUUUGAAAAUGAAACCCCAACAUCAGCGCAACCAGCACCGGAAAGCAAAGACAACAAAAGCUCCACUGCCGUCAAGUCAGGAACUUCAUCCACCGGAUCUUUCGAGGCAGCUCCCAAGAAAGUUACUGCGAAGAACAAAACUCCACGCAAGAAAGCUAGCACAGACACAAUUGAGAUUCCACGGACAGGCGAAGACCACCAAGACAAGCCAUUCGAUAUGAUGCUCGUAAAGCCAGACGCAAAUGAAGUCAUUGUCGCCAAUGACUUCAUACAAUUUGGUCUCCCUCAGGAUCCCGAACAACAAUCUGUCGCAUUCUUCAUGAGCAACUUUGCUUUUCGAGCCGAGCAGAGUGAAGAGAUAUGGGGUGGCUGUCUAUCGGCAUUGCCUACCUUCCUUGAACAAGCCUCCCCAAAGUCUCCACUCGCUGCGGCAGCGGCGACCACAUCGAUGGCUGCUAUUGCUUGGUCCCCUGGUGGCGAGGAAUUUAGAAAACAAUCCCUUUCGAGAUACGUGACGUCAUUGAAACGCAUUAAUGAUGCUCUGAAAGAUCCCAAGCAGGCGAAGUCAGACAACUUGCUGAUGGCUGUGCUAAUACUUGGCUUCUAUGAGUGCGACCCGGAACCUUUCGAGGACUUUCUUUCUGUCACCGAGGGCACAAUACCAGAUGACUUUGUUCCAUCAUGUGCUGAUAGGCUUGUCAUGCUGACAAAGGACAUACCUCACCUUCGGCGAAGGGAGAAGCAGCUGGCAGAAGAACCCGACCAGGUCGCAAGGCGGACACAGGCUGAAGCGCUUCUGGCCGAUGCUCAAGAUACAGAUGUACUACUUGACUUCUGGGCGUCAAUGAUGCCUCAAGAGUUCCAAUUUACUUCGUUCAAACUACCUGUGGUUGAUGACAAGAAAGCCAAAGACAUGUACCCUUCAAGCAUGGACGUCUACUACGACCACACAAUGGCCAGCACCUGGAAUACUUGGCGCAUCACCCGCAUCCGCGUCCUUCAGAUCAUCAUGAACUGCGCCGAUACCAUCAACCCACCCAUCAAAAACACACCACAUGCUUACGAAUACGAAACUUCUCUCGACACCCUCAAAGGCCUUACGAACGACAUCUGCGCCAGCGUCCCCUUCCAUUUGGGUCAUCAUGAAGCAUACUCAAGCGAAAAGAAUGCUUUCAAUUCCUAUCCGCAUCCUCCUGGUCAAGCCAAUUGGCCAGAAAACUUCGCUGCGUCUGGUGCAGUCGGAGGCUGGCUGAUGAUGCAGCCUCUCGCUUUCGUUUCCCGAUUGGAAUGCAUUCCACAAUCGCAGCGAUUAUGGGUCAGGGAGUACCUUACGACAUUCAUGCGCGAUUCUAGGGACAUGAGCAGGAUCUCGCCGCCGCCAAAAUCGCCGACUUCGCCAACUUGA